CUCCCGAUCGGCGCGCCAGGCUCCGGCAGAGGCAUCCGCCCGCUAGACCCGGAGAGGCAGCGGCGCCUGCCGGCCGAUCUCCAAAGCGGCUGCUCCGGCCGCCUCCGCCGGCCCUGCAGAGGGAGCUCUGGCCGCCCGCCGCCCGCGAAGGGAAGAGGCCAUGCCGCCCGCCACGGCAGCCAACCCGGACUACGCCUUGUGCCAGGCUUUCGUGCGCCUGAAGGGACUGGCCGUGCUCGCCAUGGGUACCGGAGUGGCCUUUGCUGUUCUCAGGAAGCCCCUUCCCCUCCCCUGGAGCGCAAUCUUCUCUCUGGCUCUGGCUGCCUUGCCCAGCUAUGCCAUCACCCGGAGGCAGCUGAAGAACUGUGCUGACUUGUGGGACUUCCAAACCCCCCCACAAAAGUAGCCCAAAGGUGUUGCCUUUGACACAUCUGGACCUUCUGCAUCUUUGUUCAAGAGGAGCACAAGGGCUGGCAUCCAGUUGUGAACUGAAUUCAAAGCGGCACAACGUGUAAAGAUACAGCAUGGAUGAGAGCAAAAGUCCCUAAAAGCCACUUGGGGAGGAGGAAAGAAUCAAGUAAGAUUGGAAGUUUUUUCCUGGCUGUUUUCCCCGUUGCUCUCAUCCUCAACCAUCAGGGCUCCAGGAAGGCCAGGUCCAGCUCUGACCCACAGGUGCCCCCCUUGCCCCACAGCCCAGAAGCUCCAGGCAGGUGCCCGGGUAGUGAAGCACCAAGUGCCCUCCAAGCAGACUUUCGGGAGCUGCUCCCUUUUUCGGCUUCCUUCUCCUCAAAGGACGGGCUCCCCAUCUUUCUUAAGGCAGCGGGCGAGGAAGAGACGGUGGCUGAGGUGAGGUGGCAUCUUUAAGGGCACUGAAUCCCUGGUUUCAGCACAACCCGGAGUGUAAAAUGCGGCUCUGAUUGGGAAAGUAACGUUUCCGCUUCAGAUCACCAGGAUCUUGUGCAAUUAAAGUUAUUUUGCUUGUUAAUCCGUAAAGUAAACAAUCAGGCAACAUAACUAGUUCUCAACCAGUCUUUCCGGAUUUUGCCCUUCCAGGGAUGGGGUGCAUUUCCUGGUUUUUCUGAGUUUGUGAGAGCAUUUUAUUUAUUCUGAGAUUAAUGGUGGGCAAAGAGAUGCUUCCGGACCACUUUGGUUUUCUGGUAGAAAGGCAGAAGGGGACUUAAGAGGUUCUGCUGGGCUGGUGCCAAGAGAGCCAAGGGCUCCCCAGGAGUGCCAGACUAAGCACCUGUGAGGGAGGAAGGACUGGUCACUCGACCCCGGGAGAGGCCAGAUGGCCAGCACAGCCGAGGUGGGAGGCGACCCUCUUCAGGAGAGGAAUGAGGAAGAGCACCCAGAACUAUUUGGUUUGCUGAGUUUUAUUUAUACUUUAGUUGACAAACAAGGCUUGGCCUUUGCCCUCUGGCUGGCACCAAAGGAGCUGCCCACGGUGGGGGGGGGGCUUUAGCAGAGAUGGGGGUCUUCUUCCUUUCGCAACUGGGGUGGUGGUUUUCUGGCAAGGACCCCUCUGUGCCCCGAAUCUGCAUUCCUUCACCUUGACUCCUUAACAGCUUGCUGUGGAGGAGAGAGAAGAAUCGGUCAUCCCAGGAGGCGGAGGAGUUCUUCUCUGAUGCCCUGGUGAGCCUUUAGUCUGGGCUUAGCAUGGAACCAUGAGUUGACAGGUCUUCCCAGGAGAGCUUCUGCUGGCCCAGAAGAGGUGGCCGUGAAGGACCAAAGGGUUACCUUUCAGUUCGCUGUGCAAGAUCUCUCCAGUUAUCCCCAUCGAGGUGGCAGCGGCCCUCAUCUUCCUCUCCAAAAGUGGAGUAAAGCCGGGCUGAGUACCUAGUGGCAAGGAAAGAGGUGGGGGGUUGGCAGGAGACCUCAGGGAGGGAGCUGCUCUGGCUUUCCCCCCCACUCCCCAAUUCCCUGGUUGAACUGCUGGGACAGAUGGAGAGAAUCGGAGGGAGGUGGCCCUUUACGGGCAAGAAGCAAAGGGAGGGGCCUGGCGUUGCUGUCAGCAAUGUUAGAAGGGCGAGGACGAGGGUCUCUCCUCCCCCUCUCACACCCAGCUCUCUUACCUGCAAGCGCCAG